CUCUCCUAGUCCUUUCAAUCGAAGCGUUAUGUCAAUCGAUUGAGUUUAUCGUGAUAAUUAUCUAGGAACCCGUAUCGCUCUUGAGCCAAUCACUGGCGACGAUUGAUUGACGUAAGUGAUUGAACUCGGGCGCUUGACCGAGUGGAAAGUUUUUGAUCAAUCUCUCUCCCAGUCACGAGCUCGGCGGCGAUCAUGGAGGGUUUCUUCAACACUGAAACACGUUUGGAACGCGAGUUUACUAGCCGGUUGAUAGAUUUAUAUAGGGAUUCCCCUGAGCUGUGGAAAGUGAAAAGUAAAGAUUACUUUAAUAGAAACAAGAGAAAUGCUGCCAUCGAGAAAAUCGUGGAGGUUCUGAAGGAGCUCAAACCGGACUUCACUGUUGAGAAUUUCAAACAGAAAAUUAAUACGCUGAGAACUAAUUUCAACAGGCAACACAAGGUGAUGGAGGAGAAAAGGGCUUCAACGGACGACAUCCCUGAACCUUCUCUCUGGUAUUACUACUCCCUUUAUUUCAUAAGGGAUCAGAAUGAAACAGCGUCGACAGAAGCUUCGGAGCCAAUACUAUCCGAUGACUCGCAGUCACUUCCUGCCCAAACUGCAUUGCCUUCUCCCAUUCGAACUUCAAAAUCUACUUCGAGAAAAAGGAAACAUCAGCCUGAUUCCACUGAGCACCUAGCAGGACCGUCUUCCGAAUAUUUUAUACGACCCGAGGAGGAAGAGGAUAUACUAGCCAAAGGCUGGGCUAUCAAAUUGAAAAGACUGCUUCCAGACCAAAAACUUUUCGCUGAAAAAAUCAUAAAUGACACUCUAUUUGAAGCAGAGAUGGGCACCUUGACAAGGGAGGGGGUGCAUUUUGUGACUUGCCCGCGUUGGUCGCCUUCACCACCUUCAUAGUCACAUUAAUCAGAAACUAACAAGUUGUCGUAGAGGGACCCUUUUAUCAGCAAAAAUUUAAAAAAAAUCAGCAUUUGCCUCGAUCUCAAAUCGUUGACCAGCAUUUCUUGUUACAUUAAUAUCAUUAAUGAUCAUAUCGUUGUUUUUUUUUUAAUUUUUUACCAUAGAUAAGUUAUGUGAAGAAUUGAAUGUGAAAAUAAAU